AUGGGUUCUUUUCUCUCUCUUCACCCCUCCUCCUCCUACUUCUCCUCCUCUCCUCUCCUCUCUUCCUUUACUCUUUCCCUCCUCUUCCUUCUUUCCACGGUUCAGACUGUGGGCUCGACAGUGCUGCCCUUAAAUAACACCGGGGCCCUCUUGCAGCAACGCUUUCAAUUAGGAAGCACUCAAGUGGACCUGCCUCGGGACUCGAGCAUUGCCCCGUUGACCCAGUCUCUUGUCAGCUUGGGCAACCGUCAGCUUAGGGGUUUCAAUUUUACUGGGGAUCUUGUUCAGGUGUCUGCUGGCAACUCGCCGUCGCUCCAAACGAGUGAUAUAGCCUUCGUUCCCUGCGACCCCACUGCUUAUUCGGGGAAUUUGGAUGCAGAUGCGACCUUGAAGAUCGUAUUGGGCACGAAACCAUUAGCGGUCCUUCUGUAUAGCACGACAACAUCGGCCUGCAACUACACCGCUGACCAGAGCGACUACGACCGCCUGUUCACACUAUUGAGUGCGGAUACUGCGAAGUCUAUUGAAACACAGCUCGGUGAUUCGAAUCGAACAGGGUCGUCAUAUAUCGUGCCCGACAUGGCAUCGUUCGCUCCAACAGGUUCCUUUGACGAUGAUUCGGGAGGUGGUGGUGGUGGCAGUACCGACAGCCCUAACACGGCUAUGAUCAUCCUUUACAGUAUCACAGGUAUCAUCACAGCACUGUUCCUCUCCAUCAUCAUCACUGGUGCUAUCCGAGCCCACCGUCAUCCCGAACGAUAUGGCCCACGGCAAAGACCAGGACGACCGCGUCAAAGUCGAGCAAGGGGAAUGGCAAGGGCGAUGCUGGAAACAAUCCCAAUUGUGAAGUUUGGAGACGCCCCCGACGGCAAGCUGGAAAACGACAAGGGAGAUGUGGAAAUGUCGGUUGAGUCAGAGGUCCCAGCCUCGCAGUUACGAGAGGACGAGCAAACCCGCCAAUCGCCAAUGGUUACCGGUGGUACCACGUCACUGACACCCGGUGAAACGACACAAAAUCGUGAUGCCACUACUGCGCCUGAAUCGAAGGAGGAAAAACGAACUGGUAUUGAGACACCGACAGACCACCCCAACUUUUCAUGCCCGAUUUGCACGGAUGACUUCGUCAAGGGACAAGACCUGCGAGUCCUUCCUUGUAACCAUCAAUUCCAUCCUGAGUGUAUCGAUCCGUGGUUGGUGAAUGUGUCAGGAACCUGCCCUCUUUGCCGAAUUGACCUCAACCCAUCACAACCCGAAGGCGAAGGUGAAAACCAAGAAGGCGAAACCAAUGCCGAAGGACAACAACAGGAUGAAAUAACCAACAACAACGACAAUAACAACAACCAAACCGAAGAAACACAACCACACCGCCACCGCCGAAUAAGCAGCUACCUCCACAGCACACUGAACGCCCGUCGCAUGCGUGACGCCAGUGUCGAGGAGCGCCUCGCCGCACUCCGAAGCGUCCGCGAAGAAGCCAACCGCGACCAAGAAAUCGAGACCGAGAACGAGGAACGCCGUCGUCGAAAUCGGCUAUCGACCAGGCUUCGGGAGCGGUUCAGAAUCCGCACUCGGGCGCAUGGCACGGCGGCUGAUGAAUCUGGUGCUGCUACUCCCGCGCCAGCAGCUACGCAGAGCCAGAGCUAG